AGCUUGUACCACUACAGCCACCUGCAAGAGCUGAUCAUAUUCUUAACCAUCGAGAAUAGCCUGCAACAGCAUUUGGAAACAGAAAACAGAAUGUCAAGCACCCCGAGUCGCUGGAUUCCACUGGAGAGCAAUCCCGAUGUAUUGAACCAGUGGGCGAGCAAAGCCGGGCUUGUCACUUCGCAAGCAGAAUUCGUAGACGUCUACGGCUUAGACGGAGACCUCCUCGCGAUGGUCCCACAACCCGUGAAGGCCGUAAUCCUACUCUUCCCGAUUACUGGAGGAGAUGACCGGAUUAAGACCCAUGGCCAGCGCUCAAUUGACCCUACGGUCUUCUAUAUCAAGCAGACGAUCGGAAAUGCAUGCGGGACGAUCGGGCUGCUGCAUGCACUCGCCAACGCAGACGUGACACUGGCUCCGGAGAGUCCUCUUGAGCAGUUCAUCGACCAAUGCAAAGAGAUGACACCCGAGGAGCGCGCCAAGGCCCUCGAGACCACCCCGCUGUUCGCAAACAUCCACGCUGAAGCGGCCUCAUCCGGUCAAACCACCGUCACCGAAGCAGAUAUGCACACGGACCUGCACUUCACCUGCUUCGUGCAGACGCCCGACCCGCCUCGCACGAACGUUGUAACCUCAUUCCCGCCGCGUCUCGUCGAGCUCGACGGCCGCCGAGUCGGACCAAUCGACAGGGGGCGUCAACGAACUUGCUUGAGGACGUCGCGAAGUACGUGAAAGAUACGUACGUGGCGCAGACGACGAGCAUGCAGUUCAGCAUGAUGGCGCUCCAGUGGUUCCUGGAGGGCAUGUGCUCGGAACGCGAAAAACUCGACGUGAGUGAGGUACAACACGGUAGUCUUAUCAGCUGGGUGAGUGCUGCAGCCCUGGCCAUGAUCCCCUAG